ACCUGGCACUAAGCUCCCCUCCCUCGCUCUUGCAGACGCUGGUGUGGCUCUCACAAGUUGCAUAAACACCCGACUCUCCCUUGCAGCAGAGAGGAGCCUGCGUGCGGAUGGAUCUCCUGGGGACCACGGCCUUCCUACUGAUCAGCCUCUGCUGCCUGUUCCUCCUGGCGGCAUGGAGGAAGGGGACCCAGAGGAAGAACCUUCCCCCUGGCCCGACACCCCUGCCGAUCAUUGGGAACCUGCUUCAGCUGAAGGCCACCAACAUUGCCGCCUCCCUGAAGAAAAUGAGUGAAAAAUACGGGCCAGUGUUCACGGUGUAUUUCGGCUCAGACCAAGCAGUCAUCCUCUACGGCUAUGAUGUCGUGAAAGAAGUUCUGGUCGAUCGUGGCGAGGAGUUCACUUACCGAGGCAGCGUCCCGUCAGCUGAUAAGACCAACAGAGGACUCGGAGUGCUCAUGUCCAAUGGCAAGCGCUGGGUUGAGCUACGCCGUUUCUCCAUCACAACCUUGAGGAACUUUGGGAUGGGGAAGAAGAGCACAGAGGAACAUAUACAAGAAGAGGCAGAGCACCUGAUGAAGGAACUCCAGGCCAAAAAAGGGCAGCCCUUCAACCCAGCCCUCCUUUUCAGCUGUGCUACCGGCAACGUGAUCAGCCGCAUCCUCCUUGGAGAAAGGUUUGAUUAUCAGGAUCCAAAGUAUCUCCAGAUCCUCCGCUUCCUGAUCCAGGCCUUCCGGCUUGAGAGCUCUGUCAAUGGGCAGCUCUACAACUUCUUCCCCAGGAUCAUGGACUAUUUGCCGGGCCCUCACCAAACCUUUUUCAAAAGUCUGUCAAGCAUUCAAGAGUUUAUUUCCCAGAAGAUUAAAGAGCACGAGAAGAGCCUGGACAUCAACGCCCCCCGGGACUUCAUAGACUCCUUCCUCAUCAAAAUGGAGCAGGAGAAGCACAACUCCAAGACAGAGUUUACGCGAGAGAACUUGAUGAUGACGGGCUACGACAUUUUCAUUGCUGGGACAGAAACCACCAGUACCACCCUGAGAUCCAUACUCAUGAUUCUGGUUGAACACCCAGCAGUGCAAGCAAAGAUCCACAAGGAGAUAGACCAAGUGAUAGGCCGGGAACGAGCUCCCUCCAUGAAGGACCGGACUGGGAUGCCUUAUACGGAAGCUGCUAUCCACGAGGCCCAGAGAUUCAUGGAUCUCAUUCCCUUGGGAUUCACCCGGAUGGUGAAACAGGACUUUGAAAUCCGAGGCUUUACCAUCCCCAAGGGAGCCACUCUGUACCCCAUCCUGAGUUCUGCGUUACAUGACCCUAAACAAUACAAGAAUCCGUAUCAGUUUGACCCGGAACACUUCCUGGAUGAAAGGGGAGCCUUUAAGAAGAAUGGAGCCGACAUCCCUUUUUCAGCAGGAAAGAGGAACUGUCUCGGUGAAGGACUGGCCCGAAUGCAGCUCUUCCUAUAUGUCACCACUAUCCUUCAAAGCUUCUGGCUCAAGCGCCCGCCUGGAGUUACAAAAAUUGACCUAACGCCAGAAGUCAGCGGCUUAGGAAACAUUCCACAUCAGAUCCCAUUUUGCUUCUCUCCACGCUGAUCAGCUGCAUUAUCCAGUCCAACACUCUGUGUUCUUAUGUUCUUAUCUAAUAGGGUCACAAGGGCCUUGGCCUUCUCUUGCUGAUUCGCACUAUUGCUAGGAGAGAAAUUUUCGCUUAAUUUUUAAGGCAUGUCUAUACUACCCUAUCUUAAUUACGGAUCAAUUUAUCUGGCAUGACUUGUCCUAAGGAAUCUUGGGAAUUGCAGUUUUGUGUGGGUGAAGGCUUCUCUGCUGAAAUCUGCACUCUAGAUUUCCGGAGUGGUUUUCAUGCUGCAACUGUCUCUUACUACAGCGGUGACAGACGCUCAUAGGAGAAAGUAUAGAAACUGAGGCCUUUAUUAUUUUUUUUAUGAUUUGGCAGCAACUUUCUCACCCCUGCCCCACCGCCGGCACUCGCAAUAGGAGCAAAUGCAGAAGUUCAUGCUCUUUCAAAAUCAGGUCUUGUAUGGGAAAAAAUGAUGCUUGUCUUGAAAAAAUGAUGCUUGUUUUGAAAACAUUAAAAAUCACCCUACAAACGUUUUCUGUAAGGGGAACAGGCAA